AUGGAGAAAAGUCGAAAGUUUGUUCCAAAAUAGCAAUAAAAGCAACCAAUAGCCUCUAAAUCAAAACCGAAAUAAUAGCAAGAACAGCCUAAAAGUUUAUAUAAACCAAAGCAGUAUUUAGUUGUUUUAAGGCAUAGUGAAAGAUUAGACGAUUAGCAUCGAGUCAGUGAUGAAGAAAGAGCUUCUACUAAAGUAAUGCAUGAACUUGAUAUCCCUAUUUCCUAAAAUGGACAUAAAUUAGCCUACCAAACAGGCUAAGUGCUAAGGGGAAAAGUUGGUUUGAAAGUAGAAGAGAUAAAGACUAAAUGGAAUGUGAAAGUCUAUAGUUCCCCAUAUCUGAGAUGUCUACAAACAAGCGAUUAGGUCAUCAAGGGCUUAACUGAUGAAAAAGAAAAUAUAGACAUAGUAGUGAGAGAACAGCUAUCUGAGUUGCAAAUAGGAGGCUAUAACCAUAUGAUGAAGAUUGAUGAUUUGACUAUUAAUCAGACUAACCCCCAUGAGGAAUUCUUAAAGCAGUAUCUUACUCCAUCUACUGUUAUCAAUUACAACAGAGAUUAUUAGAAUGGCGUAUAUGAGAUGAAAUAUCCAGAGGAGUUUAAGACGCAUUAUGAUAGAUAUUUAAACUUCUUUAAGCUGACAUUGAAGGAGGACUUUACAGAGGCAGCCAAAAUUAAGAAGCAAAAGACUGAGCCUAAGAAUGAGUUAGUGAUAUUAGUGACUCAUGCAAAUGCAGUAGUAGUAUUCUAUGAAUUGAAAGUGCCUAAUGCUAGAAUGACAAAGUUCAUUAUUGGAGUUGGCUAUUGCUGUAUGAGUAUUUACGAGAGAAGUCCAGCUGAGAGUGAUAAUUGGAAUUUGACUCUGUUUGGAGAUAACACACACCUUGAAAGAGGAGAACCUUCGGAGAUUAUGGAUGAAGUUAAUGAAUAUUUAAUUGAAAGUUCAGUAGAAUCUAAAAUUGACUUACAAUCUUCUGCAGGGGGCUUUGCUGCUAAUUCUCCUCUUUCUACUCAUGUAGGCUCAUCCCUUAACAUUGGAGGUAUCAAUUCUAUUCGUUUGAUUAAUGAGAUUGCAGAAAAUUAUGCGAACAGGCAGAGAGAGGGUCCUUGUGGGUUAGCUAUGAAGCAAAACUAAGAGCCUUAAGUUGAGGAAGUGGCUGAGAAUAACUACAUGAACAUAAGAAAUUAAUAGUUAUCUCCAAGUUUCAUCCAAAGAGCAGGGCCAGGCCGUGUUUAAUCUUAAUCAACCCUUCGAUUGGGUGAAACUACUACAAGGAAUGCAGACAGUGAAUUUUUGGAACUCAGUCAGAAGAAGUUCCUAGGCAUGCUUGGGGGCUAAGUAAGGAAGUCUGUUUAAGGCCUUGGUGAUGGUACUCUAAUCUAAGUUACACGUAACUCUUUAUUUUUAGGAAGCAACAACAAUGAUGGCAUGGCUUCCUCUGUUCCUCACAGCCAUGGAGACUCAGGUAUGGGAAAUAUCCCCAUUGAGAACUUGAAGAUCUUUCAGUUGUUCAAGGUGCCAAUGGUGAAGUUGAAGUUGCUGACCUCGAUCGAUAACAAGAUAGAGUUUCUAAUUGAGCACAUGACCAACAACAUAAGGGAUCAACUCAGGACUAUUUCACAGAUGGAACUAGAGAGACAGCAGAAUAUAAAGAUAUUUAAGAAGCAAAUGAAGGAUUAGUUCAAUGAUGAGCACUUCCAAGGACUGUACUCAUGGCUUAAGAUCAAUUCACCUGGGCAUGAGGGGCUAAUCAAGAAACUCAGGACUAAGCUGAUAGAGUCGUUACAAUCUGAGGAUAUUGAUAAAAGGCCAAGAUCUGCAAGAUUCAAUCCUAAGAUUAGGUAGUCAAGUCAUCUAUAAAAAGUUAUAGUAGAUAAUCCAGGAAACUUAUUAAUAAGUGGUAGCGUUUUAAACGAAGCUAUAGAGAAAACCUUCAAUGCUUUUGCCAGAUCUAGCCUUAAUAGGAUAGAAAGUUAGCCCAACCUUAGACGUUCUCUUGUGGGUAAAGAUAAGAUACUCGAGAACGACUACAAAUCUAAUGAAGGCAUUAAGACAUUCAAGAACUUAAAUGCAAUGAUGAAAGAUUUGGAUCAGGAGAGCAAACAAAAAAAGCGGAAGAGCGCUCGGCCUAUGACAGCUGUAGCCAAGCAUGAAGAUGAAGAGGGUGAAGGAAACCAUAACCAGCAGCUUACAAACAAACUAAAAAACGAUGCUUUGACUAAAUUCUUUGACACUCUGCCAGCUUAGAGUUGGGAUGAUAUCAGAGAAAAAGAAAAGAGAUAGUAGAUGGAUCAACUAUUGAAGCAGUUCUCAAUGGAAUAAAAGUCUGCUUAUGACAAGUCAAAGGUAAACUGGGAUUAGAAGUUGGAGAAGAUUUUUUCAAAGCAUAAGUCAGAAAUUAGACUAGGCUUGACUAAGUACUCAAGCACUGGUCCUUGGAAUAAAGUAGUAUUAGGCUAGAUGGAUUAGCUUCGACAAGAUAUGCCUAAGACUACCUCUCAAAAAGAUCUCUAAAGAGCAUAUAACAAUCUAAGAUAUGAUAAGGUAUAGGAGAUCGUUAAUACAAUCCCAAGUCUCAAUGAAUGUCUAGACAAGAGAUUAUUCUAAAAGAGUGUAAAUUGUUUGCCCAAGGAUGAGAUGAAUAAGAUCGAAACUCAAAUAGCUGAAGAUAUACUCUGGACAUACACUCGAAAAAAGUACAACUACCAAACAGCGAGAGGGAAAUUCUUCAAAGAAAAGAUCAGAACAUCAGCAGACAAGAUCAAGAUUAAUGAUGAUAAGAUGGAAGAUAAGAGGCUGUCAGUAACAAGGAAAAAAGAGUAUAGGAAGCUAUCUAAGCGGUACAGAACUAUUCUAGGAGGACUGUAAAAUGGAAACAUCAGCUUGAAGCAAAAUAAAAAUGACCCUUUGCUAAAAUUAUAUCAUCAAGGGGUUCACAACUUUAAAGAGCCUCUACCUCUUCAUAUGAAUUCCCAAAAAGAUUAGAAUGACUUUGUGAGUUUAAGAAUGGCAUUAGAUUAAUUUUCAUCAGCAAACGGAAGAGUGCAAGUUGCUCCAAAAUAUGAUUAAAAAGUGCCUCAUAAGUACUUUAUAGAAAAGUAUGCAGGAGGCCCUGGGUCUAAUUUGGAAAAUAGGAAGCAAGUCAAUGGCUAAGACAUUAUGAAGGCAGCGAUCAGAAUUUAAAGCAUGGCUAGAGUUGUUAUAGCUAGAAAGAUAGCCAGAGAUAAAAAGAAUGAACUUGAAAGAUAGAAAUUUUUAUAUGAAGAAAACUUAAAGAGAUAACAACAAAAACUAGAAAAAGACAUGCUGUACAGAUAGCAUAGCGUGGCUGUGGAUGAAACCUAGCCAAUUUAUAUAAAUUUUACAGCAUCUUCAAAUCUUAACACUUUCUAGACAUCUCAAUCUCCCUCUCCUCAAAGUAGAGUUCAUAAUAAAAGUAAGUCAAGCAGUAUCAAGAAAUCUAAGAUGGAUACUCGAUACCUUAUAGAAAACAAUGUAUUUUAGUCUUCAGGAUAAAACCAAAAGCAGCCGUUGUUUCAAUAGAGUAACAUGAGCAAUAAUUUCAGCAUUAUCCCUGGAGACCCAAACUACUAAAAAGGAUUUAAUCAGAACACUAUCAAAGACUCUUAUCAACCGUCUCUUGAUUUAAAAGAAAAGACCUAUAAAACACCUGGCCAGCUGAAGAAGAACAUGCAAAUGGUAAUACAGAACUUAUUCCAGGCAUGUAAAAAGAACAACUUCAACUACAUUGAGAAAAACAGAGACAGGCUAACAUUAAAGGUGCUAUCCAACUCAAAGGAUCACAAAGGAAACACUCCAAUCUAUGUGGCUGUUGCUAACAAGCAUAUAGACACAGUAAGCUAUCUGAUUGAAAGAGGAGUGACUGUGAAUAGCAAAAAUGAAAAUGGAAACAUUCCUUUGCACAGAGCAUUUAUGAACUAAGACUAUGAUAUGAUUGGGCUUUUACAGAGUAAAGGGGCUAACUUCGAUAUGCUUAAUGAUCUUCACCAAACACCAUUGUACUUUGGAUCGAGAGUUCUAAUAGAUAAACUUGGGAUUAGUAGCAAGCCAGCAAACUUUAUAUUAAGAAACGAUUUUCAGCUGGAAAAAGUUUAAGGAAUGGUCAAAAGAGUAACUUAAAUUUUCAAUGAAACACCAGGAAAAUUCAUAGAGAAAAAGGAGGAUAAGGACAAAGUCAUUUAAGGUGUGCUUCAGAGACUGGAAAGUCCAGAGGUAAUAAGAGAAUUCGCACCGCUUUACAAUAGUCCUAAGAAAAUUUGA